AUGGCCGACUUCUCCUCCAUCCCCAUCAUCGACUUCAGUCGUCUGCAGGAUCCCUCCACGAAAGAGGACACUCUCGCGCAACUCCGCGAGGCCAUUUUCGUGGUGGGGUUCCUGUACUUGAUCAACCAUGGCAUGGAGGAUCUCAUUCAAAAAACACACGCCAGACUCCCCGAUCUCUUCGCGCUGCCCGAGGAGACCAAGGAAAAAUGUAACAUGAUCAACUCGCCCGCGUUCGUGGGAUACACCAAACUGGGCGCGGAGACCACCGCGGCGAAGACGGACUGGCGCGAGCAGUUCGAUUUCGGGACCCCGGGGAUGAAGCCGUGGACGUCGGAGGCGCCGUUCUGGCAGCGGGUCGAGGGAGACAGUCAGUACCCCGAUUACCUCGGCGCCCAAGAACUGGUCGACGACUACAUCGCCGCCUCGUCGCGGGUGUCCAAGCUGUUCAUGCGAUCGGUCGCCGAGUGCCUGUCUCUGCCGCCGACGACCUUCGAGUCCUUCCAAGGGAACAUGGACCGGCUCAAGUUCGUCAAGUAUCCGCAGUCGCCGCCGGGGUCGCAGGGCGUGGGCCCGCACAAGGAUUCCAGCGGCUUGUUCACCUUCCUGUCGCAGGAUGAUACGGGGGGGCUGCAGGUUCUGAACAAGGCGGGCGAAUGGAUCGAUGCGCCGCCCAUCCGGGGCAGUCUGGUCGUGAACAUCCAGCAGGGCUUCGAGGCGAUCACGGGCGGGGUGUGCACGGCCACGACGCAUCGAGUGAUCGCCCCGACAACCCGCACCCGGUACAGCAUCCCCUUCUUCCUGGCGGUGCGGCUGGACCUCACUCUGGCGCAACUGAAGGAAUCGGCCGCGCAUAUCGUGCAGAAGAUCCCGGCGUCGGACGAUCGCAAGAAGCGGGCGGUGGACGUGCCCAGCGAGUUCCUGUCGCCGCUGUAUUCCUGCUUUGGCGAGGCAUAUCUGCGGAAUCGCAUCCUGAGCCACCCAGACGUGGGCCAGAAGUGGUAUCCAGAGUUGUAUGAGAAGUAUUCCAAGCAGGUGUUGACCUAA